AUGGUAGUGGAGGGAGACGUGGAGAACGCUGGUGUGACAGAGGAGAAUGCUAGGGAUGGGGGCUUCCCAGAGGUGGUCACCUGGUUGAACGAUGUAGCUCCUUUGCUCGGCUGCACACCACUAAUCAGUGUUCUUCCAAGGAAACGUCUACUUGUGAACAGCCUCUCCAAUACAUCUACAAAACCCUGGAACACGCAGCAGAAAAACUGUAUAAUCGAGGUGCUCUAUCAGUUUGAGUUCUUCUUUGAACUGCUUGAAGAUCUUGGAGUUGAAAUUGCACUUUCAAUGCCGGUGAGUGCCAUAAAAAGGUUUUCCACAGAUAUGAUGAACAGUCUCAGGAGGAUGAUUAUAGCAGGACCGCAUCACUUUCUCCUGCUGUCCCGAACAAAGCAGCUGCUGCUGGUUGAUAAAAUGGCGCAGAGGUUGGGCAUGUAUACAGGCGUGUUCACGGAGGAGGAGUUCCGUUUGCUUGACAUCAUGGCACCGUUUGUGGUAGAUGAGGUUUUUAUUCAGGUGGACCGCAGGUUCUUCAUUCAAAAUCUGGAUUUCCUCCAUGGGCUCUGCUACAGCAGCACCAAGAUGGAAAUCGUGGCUCGUAUUCUCCAAGAGCCUGCUGCCUUUGGCCCAGUGGAGAACUGGGACCAGACAACACUCAGUCAGGUGGACCGCUUUCUCUUCUUCCUGCCUCAAGACAAACUGCAGCAGAUUUCCCUGGCAUUGAUGACUGUGGAGCGAAUAGAGAAGCUGUUCAUGAGCCACCAUCAGUGGGAACGUGGGGACAUCGGGAUGCUGUGUUCAGAUGAGACUGAGAGGAAGACCAUUUUUGAAAGGCAGCAGUUUGUUCUGCAGUUUUUCCUGGGCUUCCUUAAACUAAAUUCUCAGUCAUUGACUCCAGUGGUUCCUACUUGUGAGAUUCUGCAUACAACAGCCCCCUCCGUUUGGCUCUCCAGCAGUUUGACUAGCAUGCCUUCAUCUGCCUUCUCCAACUGUCUGGAGCUGAUGGGUCACGACCCGUUUCUUGCAUCCUACCAACGCACUGAAGUGCUCAGGAAAGUCAAGCAGAUAUAUGGCCCAGUCUCAUCCUUCUCCCAGGCUGUGAUCUCUCAGCUCGGUGUAAUAGCGACACAGCUAUCAUUAGACGAGCUGAAUGCCAUUCGACUGACUGAGCGGAGAAGCAUCGCCGCUCUGGGCACAGUCAGUGACUGGAAUAGCAGACAGCUGGCCACACUGUUUUCCACCGUGUUAAACUCCACCAAGCAGAAUCCGAGCCAGCUUGACUCCAGCACUCUGGUGGCAAUGGGAUACAUUGUGUGUGGCGCUAAAGCCACAGAGCUGAGGUCUUUCAAUCCUAUAGAGCUCAGUAAGGCGGUUCUCAGGCUGGGUCGGCUGAGGCUGUCUUGCUCAGAGGAGCAGCUGCAAGCUCUUGUUGAACUGCUAACCCACAGCCUCGUUUUUGGACUCAUGAGUUCCUGGGGCACCGAUGUGUUCAUUGAGAUCGGAGUCCUGGCAGUGGGUAUCCCAGACAUGGCCAUGUCAGCGCUGGUAAAAGAGCAAAUUGAGGGAAUCGCACCUUUGGCUAUCUCAAUGAUGGCACCAAAAAAGUUUGCUGUGGUAUUCUCCCAGGAAAAGAUCGCCAUGUUCUCCUACGAGCAGGCUGUUGCAGUAACUGAUAACCAGCGCUCUGUUCUGUCAGACCUCCAGAAAACAGCUCUAGCUAUGGUGCUAACACCCUGGGACGAUAAGCUUGUUGACUUCAGAGGUAAAACCUGA